AUGUCUCAAUAUUUUAUCAUGGAUUCAAUGUAUUGGCUGGCUUCAGAUGGCAACAUUCAAGUAUAUGAAAGGAGCAAUGAUGCACUGUUCACAUUCCAGAGCACCACCAUGGGCCACUCAGGUGCAGUGGAGUCGCUGCUUGGGAUCCUGUUCAUGGUGUCUGGUGAGUGCCACUGGUGGUCACCCGCAUCUUUGGAACCUAACACCAGACAGUGGGCUGCCUACCUCCUGACAAACAGUUGUGUUGCCCGCACAGUUCACUUCUACUACAAUGGUGCUUCCCUCCUAAUCUGCUAUUCUAUCGAACCUUGGGAUCUAAAGUGGCGCAAGAAGGUGCAAGGAAGAAUUGGCAAUGCUGUUCUUGAGGGCAGUUUCCUGCUUGUGAGCAAUCUCAAAGACAGGGUGGAUAAAUACACUGUUCCUACCACCCAGUGCAUACAGUCCUUUAACCAUGUGAUCCUCUGCAAUGUUCCUCUGCAAAUCUCUGUUGCUCAGCAGGAGUUUGGACUGGAUAAACUAUUGUUUGCUAGGAUAGAUGGGAGUUUAGACUCAUGA